AUGGAUCGUCCAGAGCUCUCCCUUCCCCUUGGCUCUGCUCAGUAUCCUGAGCUCAGACUUGACAGGCAAAGCUCCUGCUUGGAGCUGGCUGCCCUGAGGAACGUGAACAUCAUCCUGCAGCACUACAACUUCACGGGCAAGCUGAGCAACAGGCAGGCCGGGGACGAGGGCACGGGGCUCAUCCGCACAGCGUUCGCCAUCAUCAGCUGCAUCAUCAUCCUGGAGAACCUGCUGGUGCUCUUGGCCAUCCUGCGGUGCCUGCGAGCGCGCCGCUGGGUCUACUCCUGCAUCGCCAGCAUCACGCUGAGCGACCUGCUGGCCGGGGCUGCUUACCUGUGCAACCUCUGCCUCUCGGGCAGGAAAACCUUCCAGCUCUCCCCGCAGCUCUGGUUCCUGCGGGAGGGAACCCUCUUCACGGCGCUGGCCGCCUCCACCUUCAGCUUGCUGGUGACAGCCAUCGAGCGCUACAGUGCCAUGGUGAGGCCCAUUGCUGAGAAUGAAGCCAGCAAGACCCUGCGCUUACGUGGCCUCAUAGUGGGAUGCUGGCUCUUGGCUUUCAUCAUCGGGCUGCUCCCGCUGCUGGGAUGGAACUGCCUCUGCCACUUGAGCGCCUGCUCCGUCCUCCUGCCUCUCUACUCCAAGAACUACAUCCUUUUCUCUGUGGUCAUGUUCAGCAUCAUCCUCCUGGGGAUCCUCGGCCUCUACAUCUCCAUCUUCCAGCUGGUGCAGGCCAGCUCGAGGCAAACCAGCUCGAGGCACAGCCGCAAGCGGUCCCUGCGCUUGCUCAAGACCGUGCUGAUGAUCCUGGGGGCCUUCAUCAUCUGCUGGAGCCCCCUUUUUGUCCUGCUGCUCUUGGAUGUCUUCUGCGAGCCCCGGAGCUGCGCCCACCUCCACAGCCUGGACUGGACCUUGGCUCUGGCCAUGCUGAACUCAGGGGUGAACCCCAUCAUUUACUCCCUGCGUAGCGUGGAGGUUCGCCGCGCCGUGGGGAGCCUCCUGUGCUGCUGCUGCGUCCGCAUCGGCCUUUGUGAGCCCGGGAGCUGUGUGGUGGUCACGGACAUUAACUCGGGUUCAUCCACCGAGAGCUCCCUGCGGUACCGGGAGAGCUUCCGCAGCGCCCGGCCCCGCGCUCCGCUCUCCAGUAACUCCAGUAUGAUGAGCAACCUGCCCAGCCUCUGAGGGCGA